CCUUCCUUCUAAUACAUACAUUCUUCAGUCCUUCACCAUUACCAAUACACACUACAGUAACCAGAAACAACUAAACAUGGUUGCCUCCUUGCUGAAGAUGAUCGCUUUUUUUGCUCUGUCUUCCCUUCUGAUCCUUAACGGAGCCCUCGGCGAUAUGAUGUGCGAGGAGCUGCCAGUAGAGCUGUGCGCCUACUCCAUCUCCGACGCAGGGAAGAGAUGCGUGCUGGAGAACUACUUGGCCAGGAAGGGGAUGGUGAAGUACCAAUGCAAGACAUCGGAAGUGGUUGUUGAGACGAUGAGCGGAUGGAUCGAGACAGAAGCAUGCAUCAACCACUGCGGCCUUGACAGAAAGGCCGUCGGGAUCUCUUCUGAUUACCUCCUCUCCCCUAACUUCGUUGCCAAGCUCUGCUCCCAGCCCUGUUUCAGCUAUUGCCCCAACAUCCUCGAUCUCUACUCCAACUUGGCUCAAGCUGAAGGAAUGAACUUGCAUGAUAUCUGCAACAUGGGGAAUGGUGCUCCUCGUCGCGCAUUGUACAUUCUGCCCAAGAGUUCAGGUGCUGCAAUCGACGGUGGUGCUAUGGGAACUGCUGAAGAAGGAAAUGGUGCCAUUGGAGCCCCAGUUGGUUCUCCUCUGUUUUCCCCUGCUUUUAAUUUUUCGGAUGAUGGUACUAUUGUUGCUGCAAUUGCUCCUUCUCCCGAUACCUUCUGAUCUGAGUUUUGUUAACGGAUUCUGCUUCAAUAUGAUUUCACAUGUAUAGAUGUACCCUUUUGGAACAAAUUGAGUUUUAGAUAUACUUGGAUUGUUAUCUCAUUUGAAAUACACAUUUGAUACUUGUCUUAUCUAAUAAAGUUUAGUUAUAAAU